CUCAUCGUAACCUAAUCGCUCAAUAGCUCUGUGUCUCGUGCUCAAUCGGUCAAUCGCUUUGCGUCUCUUGGUUCUUCACUUCGAUUUCACAGACAAACAAUCGUUUAAGGAGAUUCUUAUGGAGUUGAUUGUGAUAAAAAAAAGGAAGCUUUGCAGAUUGGCAUGGUCAAAAGUUUGCUUUAAGAAGCAACCAGGAUGCUUGGGAAUAACUUAUUUAGGCAGGAGAUUAACAGCUUUACGAGGUAAAUAUUUGAGGGAAGUUUUGGCUCUCAACAGCAAUGAAUAACCAACAGGCUUUCACAAUUGCUACUGAUGACAUCUCAACAGAUCCGACCGUUGAUCCAACCACCCAACGCAAGCAUGCUGCCAUGAUCGAACGCCUUUCCAACCUCCACCAGUCUCGUGUUUCCAGCAAAAGUAACGUGAAAGAUCCCUCCUUUGAAUCCACCCAAUCAUUUCUUUUGGUUUUCACAAACUCCAAACAAGCAAUCGAGACUUCCCUCGCCCAGAUUCAACAAAUACCAGAUUCGAAUCUGAACCAUGAUCUCAAAUCCGACCUUGAAAGAAUCUCUCUCUCCAUCUCUGAUCUCGAAAAAUUGGUCGCUGAAAACUCCUACUUUUUACCUCCGUAUGAAGUUCGAUCGUCCCUUAAAACCAUCUCCGACCUCAAACAAACCUUAGAUUCCGUCACUUCCAAAGUCAAACCCAGAAAAAAAUUCUCGUUCAAAAACAAACCCGCCAAGAAAUCUGAAACCGCCAAUGUUCUUGUUGACGCCGUCAACAAGAACGAGCCGGAACACCAGUCAAGCUACAAGGUUAAGGAUUCACCAGGGUUCAGGAGUAAAGAAAAUGAGGUUUUGGUAAAGGAAUUCAAAAGUUCGGAGGUUGGAGAAUAUGUGCUUUCGGAUCUGACCAAUUGUGAGGUGAGAUUGAAGGGAUGUUUCCGGACUUUGUUCAUAAACCGGCUGCAAAAUUGCAAGAUUUAUGUGGGUCCAGUAUUGGGUUCGAUCUUGAUCGAGGAAGUUGAAGGGUGUUUGUUCGUGGUGGCAUCUCAUCAGAUUCGUAUUCAUCAUGCUAAACAGAGUGAUUUUUAUCUGCGUUGUAGGAGUCGACCCAUAAUCGAGCAGAGUGUUGGGGUUCGAUUUGCACCAUACUGUUUGUCGUAUGAUGGGAUUGAAAGCGAUUUGAAGGAAUCAAAUCUGUACGAUGAUGCUGGGAAUUGGGCAAAUGUUGAUGAUUUCCAGUGGUUGAGAGCUGUUCAGUCACCAAAUUGGUCAAUUCUACCAGAAAAUGAACACAUUGAUUCAGUGAAAAUAUGAAUCUGCAAAGUUGAAUAAAACCCAACUAUCCGAACCUUUUGGCUUUGGCGAUAUACUGGUUUGGUUUGGUUUGGUUUGGUAUAUCUGAAUUUUGCCAUUUUUACCCUUGAGUAGGGAAAUUUACAUGUUUGUAGUUUGAAGAUUUUAGCAACUACUGUUAGUCCUGAGUUACUUCUUGUUCAUAUUUGCUACAUUUGUAAGCAACCCUCUUUAAAUUAGGGUAAUUAUUUACCCUAAAUCUUAAAAUAAAUGUUUACGAUA